AUGGCGUGCCUAGCCCCCCACAUAACCCUAUCUGAAGCCGUGGUCACGUCCAUCACUUUCACCCUUCUCUAUGUCUCCUCCUUGCACCUGCCGUUCAACUCGGGCGACCGCAACCGCCGCCCCGUCAUCCUCUCGCGCCUGGUCACGCUGUCCAUCCUAGCCACGUUUCUCGAGUUGUACACGCGGCGACGCAUCCCGGCGCUCACGGACAAGAUCUCGUCGGGCACGCGGCUCCCCGCACUGGCCGUGGCGGCCGCGCUCACGCUGCUCCUGUACGCCGGCCAUCUCAUCGCCACCCCGCGCCGCGCCCUGCUGCAACCGGCGUCGCGCGACCGCUACAUCGCGCUGCGCAACUACCUGGCGGGCCCGGUGCUCGAGGAGGUCGUGUUCCGCCGCCAGACGCUGCUCAUCUGGAGCUGCCAGGGCGUCACCAUGAGCCUGCUGUUUCCCGCCGCUAUGUUCUCGCUCGCGCACGUGCACCACGUGCGCGAGCUCGGCCUUGUCGGCCUGCUGCUUCAGAUGGCCUACACGUUUUUGUUUGGCAUUUACGCCGCCGCAUUGUACAUCAACACACGCACCUUCUGCGCGCCUUUCGUCGCCCAUGUCAUUUGUAACCUGCUCGAGCUGCCGGACUUUUCCUCCAUCGCCGCGCACCCGCGACGCAGAGGCGUCAUGGCCCUUUACUGCGCUGCAUUGGUCGUGUUCGCCUUCGCCUUCGGCCCGCUGACCACCCUCGUACAGCCUUAUCAGCUGGAGACUGAGUAG